GUACGCUACUACUACAGUAUUAUAGUAGGGAGACGAUUAGCCUGGACAGGUAACACAGUUUAGUUUGAGCAGGUAAACUCCUGCAUAUGUGGCAUGAAAGAGCAGACUCAUCUGAGCAGGUAAAGCAGCAAAACCUCAGCACGUGAAAGUCAUGAAGUUGUGUGGUGACACUGGUGACUCUCUCUUUGGAUCUGUGAGGCUGGAGGCUUUGAAGCGGUGGAGGGCAGGAUGGGGCUAUCCCACCACUCUGCUGUGCAUCUAUGGGUUUUUCAGUACUGUGAAACCUAUAGAACCUUUCCUCAUACCUUACCUGACAGGUCCAGACAAAAACCUGACCGUGGAAAAGGUGACCAAUGAGAUUUUCCCUGUGUGGACAUACUCCUACCUGGCUGUGCUGGUGCCAGUCUUCCUGCUCACCGAUUGGCUGCGCUACAAGCCCGUCGUGGUGUUCCAGUGCAUCAACCUCUUUGUUACCACGGCAAUGCUGCUCUGGUUGCAGGGAGUGGCAGCCAUGCAGGCAAUGCAGUUUGCCUACGCCGUGGUGACAGCCAGCGAGGUGGCCUACUUUUCAUACAUCUACAGCAUAGCGGAGCUGAAACACUACCGCAAAGCUACAUCCUACUGCCGUAGUGUACAGCUGCUAGGCUACACAAUGGGAUCUGUGCUGGGACAGUUGCUGGUCAGUUUCAACCUCAUGUCCUACAACAACAUCCUGGUACUUACCCUGGUGUUGAUCUCCAUCGCCCUUGUGACUUCCCUCUUCCUGCCCAUGCCACAGAGAAGCAUGUUCUUCCAUCGGAGUCAGGAGAGGCAUGAAACUGGAAAUGUAGAAGAACUGGACACCCAAGAACUACCAGAGGCCCUAGGAAGAGAGGACAUGUGUGCAGGUGAUGGGGAAAUGGCAGAGUCCCCUGAGGAGCCAGUGAGAACUAGGAGCUGCAGCCAGGUUCUUAUCCAGCUGUGGAGAGACUUCCUCCAGUGUUACUCUACCAGGGAACUGCUGUACUGGUCAGUGUGGUGGGCACUUGCCACCUGUGGCUAUAACCAGACAGUCAACUAUGUUCAGGUGCUGUGGCAGCACGUAGAGCCAUCCCAGAACUUCACAGUCUACAAUGGAGGGGUGGAAGCUGUGUCCAACCUAUUUGGAGCAGCGACAGCCUAUGGUUUUGGUUUCACCCAGGUGGAUUGGGCCCAGUGGGGAGAGUUGGCUCUGGGUUCAUUCUCUGGCCUGGGAGCUGCAGCCCUUUUCACAAUGACUUUCACAGCCAACAUCUGGGCCUGCUACGCUGGCUACAUUGUCUUCAAGUGCCUCUACAUUCUGCUUAUCACCAUAGCCAUGUUCCAAAUUGCUACUGAUCUCUCUAUGGAGAGAUAUGCACUGAUCUUUGGAGCAAACAACUUUGGGGCUUUGGUCCUUCAGACUAUCGUCACAUCUGUUGUGGUGGAUGGCAGGGGGCUGGGCUUGGGCAUCAUCCCACAGUUCAUCAUUUAUGGAAGCUACUUCUCAGCCAUCGCUGUCAUUUUCUUUCUGAGAGGUGUGUACACGAUAAUGAGAGUGCGGCAAAGCCACAGAGACUCCACCACUGCAGAGGAGCAGCCUCCAAGUCUGAAAGACGGUGACACUUGCCCUGAACAAAGACUGAGCAGACGAGACUGACCACUGGGCCCUGGGUCGUGUUUGGUAGGCACAGAAUGGGAGAAAAUGUUUUGAAAUGGGGAGUUUCUACCUGAAUGUGUCCAAAAAUAAAGCACAUUUGUUUUCUGUUACAAAACAUUUUGGUACAUUGUGCCCUACUGAAUUAGACACCGAUGACAUUCCA